AAAGUAUUACGUCUUUGUUAUCAAAACAAAAAAUAUUUUUACAGUUUACUAAAGUGAGGAAACAACGAAUUAUUGUGUAAAAAUGGAAUCUAAAGUGUAUUCAUCGUUAUUCGCGUUAGUCGAUAGCCAUCUUUCACAAACCAGUUUAAAAGAGAGUUCGUCUAAUGAUGACACAAAGAGGUCUUUACCAAUACCAAAUGUAAAAAGUUUAGCUCACAACGGUAGUGUAUCGGAAUCAUUUUUACAUUCGCCUCACAAACGUCUACCAAUACCUACAUUAAGUGAAAAUAACAGUCAAAUACUUGACAAGUUAUCAGAACAAGUUGCAAAUAUGUUAAAAGCCAAAGAAAAACGAGAGAUUGAAGAAAAACAAAAAUUGGAAGAAAAGAUGAAUAAAAUGGAAACAGACGAUCAGGAUUACGUUAUCGACUUAAUGAAAGCAUUACAAACACCUUGCGAACCUUCGAAACCCGUACCAGAAGAAAAUCACAGCAAAAGUAGCUCUACGGAAUCUAUAUUUGAACUAAACUUUAAUGAUUUCGAUGAAGAUGUAUCAACAAUCGAACCUGAACCACUUCUUCCUUGUAUAACAGACAUGUCUUAUAUAUUAAAACAGAAAAUAAAACGUGGCAAAUGUUCAACUUUUGGUAAGGUAUUAAGAUCAAGGUUGAAACCCGUCCCAGCACCGUAUAUCAGAGAGAAGAUUAAAUCAGAUAUUGUAAGAUUUGAUUUCAGUACAAAAUCACCUUGCGAUAUUAUUAAAGAAAAAUUACGAAAACCAACAUCAUCUUGUACAUCUAAUUUUAAUAUUGUUUAAAGUUACAUAAAUUUAUUGAGAUUGAGAUGUAAUAGGGGCUUCAAAGUCCGAUAACAUGAGAAUUACAAGUUUUCAAAGGGGCCAACUCAAAGUCAAUUAUAGAGAGAAUACAGAUAAAGAAAAAAUCCUAAAUAGAUACUAAUAAAUGACAAUUCAAAUCUGGAUUUCAACUAAUAUGACAACUGUAAUUACACAUUUUGUUCUGGAAUUUUUAAAUGCAUAUGACGAAUGACAAAGUAUAUUACAAUUGUUGGUGCAGUGCAAUUCUGAGGUAAUACACAAUCAAGAGAAAUUUUAAAAAGAUCGGAAAUACAUUUAUUCUAGAUAACUUUUCUAUCUAACACUUCUACAAAGUUGUAGGUGUCUAUGGUCAACUUUGUUUUAGUAAAUUCAAAUUUCAAGUUCAUUUACCACUUAAUGGUAUAAAAAAAGAAGAAAUUAACUGUCUUGUAAAUAAUUCUUGUAACAUAAUUUUACAUACUUUAUCUUAAUUUAUGAAUUAAAAUUAUUCUUUACUUGUUUUACAAAUGUUUUAAGUUGAAUAAGUGAGAGAAAAGACCAUAAUAUUUAUCUCACUUAAGGACUCUCACUUGAGAGUUUAUUGGGCCUAAAAUAUGUUGAAAAUAAUCAUUGUUAAGUUAACUAAAAUUGAAGAUCUGUAGACAAGCUCAUAUAUAUAAAGCAAGUCAGUGAACAGGUUCACAGAUCAACUCAAUUUGUACCUGCAUAGAGAUAAAAUUUGAGUUGAACUGCGAACUGUAUGUCAACAGGCAACCCGCACGUCGAACCCGCUUAAGUUCAAGUUAAUGUUAACUGAACAUUUGAACCUGUUCCGAGCUGAUUUAUACAUGUCUAAUUAAGACUGCAGAAUGACUUUAAGCCUUUUCUCACUUGUUCUGUUCCCACAUGUAAUAAUACAUAUAUUACAAUGUAACCUGAAUAAGAGAUAGGCUUAAGGUCGCGAUAUUUCUCUCGCUAAUAUAGGUUUCUCUUAAUCAACUUUCUCGCUUAUGGAGUUCUUUCCGGACAGUAGAAUGACUUGCUUUUAAAAGUUUCUCGCUUAUCCAGGUACCAUUGUUGAACCCUUUUCAUUGAAAACUAGCUGUCGCCCGCGACUCCGUCCGCGCGGAAUAAAAAAUAGUAAACGGGGUAAAAAU